AUGGGCAACGAGGCGAGCUUGGAAGGGGAAGGGCUCCCCGAAGGGCUGGCGGCGGCGGCGGCGGCGGCGGCCGCCGGAGAAGGGGAGGGCGGGGCGGGAAGCCCUUUGCACACCGUGAUCCCGGUCGGCAUGGAGGCGGAUCUGAGCCAGCUGAGCGAAGAGGAGAGGAGACAGAUCACCGCUGUCAUGUCAAGGGCGCAGGGGCUGCCCAAGGGAAGCGUUACCCCUGCCGCUGCGGAGUCGCCUUCCAUGCACAGAAAACAAGAAUUGGAUAGUAGUCACCCUCCAAAGCAACCAGGGAAACCGCCGGACCCUGGGCGUCCAGCUCAGCCUGGUCUCAGUAAAAGUAGAACUACAGACACUUUUAGGUCGGAGCAGAAAUUGCCUGGAAGGAGUCCUUCCACUAUUAGCUUAAAAGAAUCAAAGUCCAGAACUGAUUUCAAGGAAGAGCACAAGUCGAGUAUGAUGCCUGGCUUCCUCUCAGAGGUUAACCCUUUAAGUGCUGUCUCGUCUGUUGUAAAUAAAUUAAACCCAUUUGAUUUGAUACCAGAUGCUGAUGCAUCCCAGGAAGAAACUGCCAAGAAACAAAAAGUAGCUAAGAAAGAACAAGGGAAACCUGAAGGAAUCUCAAAGCCUCUAUCACAACAACAGCUACCCAAGCCAGUUCCUAAGCAGCAAGGGCCUCUUAAGGCCCCACUUCAGCAGGAUGGCUCUCCCAAACCAGUAUCUUCUCAGCAACCAGAGAAAAUUAAAUCACAACCUCCAGGGACAGGAAAACCAAGUCAGGGGCCUACACAUGCUCCUCAGACAGACCAGGCAAAAUUGCCACUUCAGCGAGACCCAACCAGGCCUCAGAGUAAACAGCCAGACACAGUAAGGGGAGAAUCAGCUAAACCCUCACUACAAAGCCCAUCCAAACCUAUUCAGCAAACAAGUCUUGGAAAACCUCCAGACCAGCAGCCUGGACCUGAGAAACUUUCUAUGCCACAGCCUGGGCUGGCAAAGCCCUCAGCUCAGCCAUCAGGGUCAGUGAAGCCCCAACCUCAGCCACUGACAGCAAAGCCCCCAACUCAACCACCAACGACAGCAAAGCUUUCUGCCCAGAAGGCUGGGUCAGAGAAGCCUCCAUCUCAGCAGCCUGGGCCAAAGUCUCCAGCUCAGCCCUCUGGGACUGUAAAGACUCCAGCUCAGCAGCCAGGGCCAGCAAAGCCCUCAGCUCAGCAGCCAGGGACACCAAAGCCCCCAGCUCAGCAACCUGGGCCACAGUCUCCAGCUCAGCAGGCUGGGCCUGCAAAGUCUCCAGCUCAACACCCGGGUUCUGCAAAGCCCCCCGCUCAACCGCCGGGCCCUGCAAAGCCCCCCGCUCAACCACCGGGCCCUGCAAAGCCCCCCGCUCUACAGCCGGGCCCUGCAAAGCCUCCCGCUCUACAGCCGGGCCCUGCAAAGCCCCCCGCUCUACAGCCGGCCACAGCAAAGCCUCCCGCUCAACAGCCGGGUUCUGCAAAGCCCCCCGCUCAACAGCCGGGCCCUGCAAAGCCCCCCGCUCAACAGCCAGGCCCUGCAAAGUCCCCCGCUCUACAGCCGGGCCCUGCAAAGCCUCCUGCUCUACAGCCGGCCACAGCAAAGCUUCCCGCUCAACAGCCGGGCCCAGCAAAGCCCUCAGCUCAGCCGUCUACAAAACCAGUAAGCCAAACAGGAGCUGGGAAACCUCUGCAGCCACCAUCAAUUUCUCCAUCUGCAGCACAGACUCCAGUACAAGGUCUCCCUAAAACCCUCUGUCCUCUUUGCAAUACCACUGAACUUCUGUUGCAUGUUCCAGAAAAGGCCAAUUUUAACACCUGCACUGAGUGUCAGACCACUGUCUGUGGCCUCUGUGGUUUCAAUCCCAAUCCGCAUUUAACCGAGAUAAAAGAAUGGCUCUGUUUAAACUGUCAGAUGCAGAGAGCUCUCGGAGGUGAUCUGGCUCCAAUUCCUCUGUCACCCCAACCCAAACCGAAGACUGCCCAUGUUGUUCCUACACCGGCAGUAAGCAAGUCAGCCCCACAAUCACAGCAGUCUUCCCCAAAGAAGGAUGCUGCCCCCAAACAGGAUAUCUCAAAGCCUCCUGAGUUGAAAAAGCCUCCACCUCUAGUGAAACAACCAACCCUUCAUGGUUCUCCCCCAGCCACGGCCAAGCAGCCUCCUGUAACAGAGCCCUCGGCCCACCCAGCCCUUCCCAGAGAGCCUUCUGUUCCACCUGAGCAGGUCAAGGCCCCCGUGGCUGAUGCUAAACCAAAGCAGCCCAAGACAGUAAAGCCGGCCACAGACAUUGUAUCUUCACCGUCAGCAGCAACAAAACCUGAAGUUCCGAGCUCCAAAGUGCAGUCACAGGCUCCAGAGAAAACCCCUCCUCUAAAAACAGACUCUGCCAAACCCUCACAGAGUUUUCCACCAACAGGAGAAAAAGUCACCCCAUUUGAUUCUAAAGCCAUACCUCGGCCUGCAUCAGAUUCGAAAAUUAUUUCACAUCCUGGACCUAGUUCAGAGAGCAGAGGUCAAAAACAAGUUGAUCCAGCUCAAAAGAGGGAAGAUCCCAAGAAAGCACAAACCAAAAUGAGUCCGAAGCCAGAUGCCAAGCCCACGCCAAAAGUGUCACCAACCCACCCUGGUUCACGACCUACCACUGGCCAAACUCCACCCGCAUCACAACAGCCCCCAAAGCCUCAGGAGCAGUCGAGACGUUUCAGUCUGAAUCUGGGAAGUAUCACUGAUGCCCCUAAAUCACAGCCCACAACUCCUCAAGAAACUGUGGCUGGGAAACUCUUUGGGUUUGGAGCAUCCAUCUUCAGCCAGGCAUCAAAUUUAAUUUCCACAGCAGGCCAGCCUGGACCUCAUUCACAAAGUGGGCCCGGGGCCCCGACAAAGCAAGCCCCUCCUCUUUCACAGCCACCUGCUUCUCAGGGGCCACCCAAAUCUACAGGUCAGACACCACCAGCACCUGCAAAGGUCACACCUGUGAAAAAGGAAACAAAAGCUCCAGUAGCUGAAAAACUAGAGCCCAAAGGUGAACAAGUUCCAACAGUAAAAACAGAAACAGAAAAGAAGCCUCCACCUACUAAGGAUAGCAGACCUUCAAUAACAGAGCCUCAAAAGGCGGUUCUUCCCCUUAAACCAGAGAAAACCCCCAAAGCAGAAUCAGCUUGUCCUCUCUGCAAAACUGAACUCAACAUAGGUUCUGAGGAUCCUCCUAACUUCAGUACUUGCACUGAAUGCAAGAAUCAAGUGUGUAAUCUCUGUGGAUUUAACCCUACACCACACUUGACUGAGAUUCAAGAAUGGCUUUGUUUAAAUUGCCAAACCCAGAGAGCGACAUCAGGACAGUUUGGAGACAUGGGCAAAGUGGCAUCUUUGCAGUCGGGACCAAACGCAUCUUCUAUGCCUGUCCCUACGGAAGAAACAUCUCAGAAAAAACUGAUACCUGCCCAAGUAAAAGAGAAAAAGAAAGAUCCAGAAGUAAAAAGAGAAGCUGAAAAAGUAAAAGAAACACCAUCAUUUGAAAAAAUUCCUCCAAAAGCAACCACUGAUCAAAAACAGGAAGAGAGGAAGCUAGAGAAAUACAAAUCUCCACUCCCUGAAGAAAAAAAGCCAUCCCCCAAAGACCAAAAGCCAGCCUCUGAAGACAAAAAUUUAUCUCCCGAAGCAAAAACAUCAGCUCUACAGGAGGAACAGAAACAUGACUUACUUAAAACUCAAGUACAAAUUGCUGAAGAAAAGCUCCAAGGCAGAGUGACUCCAAAGGCAGUGCAAGAAGAGAAACAACCACAGACAAAGAUGGAAGGUUUACCAUCUGGCAAGAGUCAGAGUUUGCAUAAGGAAGCCGAUGAGAGAACCCAAAAAAUAAAAGAACAGACACGUGCAGCACGCAUAGCAAAAUCUGAUCAGGUGGAAACUGGGAAAGAAAAAACAGAAAAGGAAGAUGACAAAUCAGACACCUCAAGUUCUCAGCAGCCGAAAAGCCCCCAAGGUCUGAGUGACACAGGAUAUUCUUCUGAUGGAAUAUCAAGUUCACUUGGUGAAAUUCCAAGUCUUAUUCCAAGUGAUGAAAAGGAUCUGUUCAAGGGCCUCAAAAAGGACUCUUUUUCACAAGAAAGCAGUCCUUCCAGUCCCUCUGAUUUGGCUAAGUUAGAAAGUACUGUCCUGUCCAUUUUGGAAGCUCAGUCUAGUACAGUUGUUGAUGAAAAGUCAGAAAAGAAAACAGAACCCCAGGGAGUUUCUCCAGAGCAACCUAAAGACCAACAGAAAACUCAGACUGUUUCUGAAACACUGGAAAUUACUAUUUCAGAAAAGCCACUCAAGGAAAGUCAAGAAGAAAAGAAAGACACUUUUAAAAAAGAUGGCCAACAAGGCAUUCCCUCCAGAAAGGACUAUAAAGAAAAGUUUGAGUUUGUCGAUGCCAUAGCUACAAGAAGACAACCUUAUGAUUCAGUUGAAGAUAGCAGUGAAAGUGAAAACUCACCUGUUCCACAAAGAAAACGGAGAACUAGUGUUGGUUCAUCGAGCAGUGAUGAGUAUAAACAGGAAGAUAGUCAAGGAUCAGGCGAAGAGGAGGACUUCAUUCGAAAGCAAAUCAUAGAAAUGAGUGCUGAUGAAGAUGCUUCAGGUUCUGAGGAUGAUGAGUUUAUUAGGAACCAACUCAAAGAGAUUAGCAGUAGUAUAGAGAGCCAGAAGAAGGAAGAAAUGAAAGGGAAAGGAAAAGCAACCGCAGGAAAACACAGGCGACUGACAAGAAAAAGUAGUGCAAGCUUUGAUGAUGAUGCAGGGAGACGCCAUUCAUGGCAUGAUGAAGAUGAUGAGACGUAUGAUGACAGUCCUGAACUUAAAUACAGAGAAACCAAAAGUCAAGAGAGUGAAGAACUUGCAGUUGCUGGAGGUGGAGGGCUACGUCGAUUUAAAACAAUUGAACUCAACAGCACUAUAGCAGAUCAGUAUUCUGCAGAGUCAUCACAGAAAAAAACGACUUUGUACUUUGAUGAAGAGCCAGAAUUAGAAAUGGAAAGCCUGACAGACUCACCAGAAGAUAGGUCCAGGGGGGAAGGAUCUUCUAGUCUUCAUGCUUCCAGCUUCACUCCUGGUACAUCUCCUACAUCAGUGUCAUCACUUGACGAGGAUAGCGACAGUAGCCCAAGUCACAAAAAAGGAGAGAGCAAACAGCAACGCAAAGCUCGGCACAGAUCACAUGGCCCUCUUCUACCUACUAUUGAGGAUUCUUCAGAGGAAGAAGAAUUGAGAGAGGAAGAAGAAUUAUUAAAGGAGCAAGAAAAGCAGCGAGAGUUAGAACAGCAACAAAGAAAGAGUUCUAGUAAAAAAUCAAAGAAAGAUAAAGAUGAACUUAGAGCUCAAAGACGGAGAGAAAGACCGAAGACACCACCCAGCAAUCUCUCUCCCAUUGAAGAUGCUUCUCCAACAGAAGAAUUACGUCAGGCCGCAGAAAUGGAGGAGCUCCACCGAUCUUCUUGUUCUGAAUAUUCACCUAGCAUUGAAUCAGAGCCAGAGGGUUUUGAAAUAAGCCCAGAAAAAAUAAUAGAAGUACAAAAAGUUUAUAAAUUGCCCACAGCUGUGUCUUUAUACUCCCCAACAGAUGAGCAAUCUAUUAUGCAGAAAGAAGAUGGCCAAAAGGCAUUAAAAAGUGCUGAGGAGAUGUAUGAAGAAAUGAUACAUAAAUCCCACAAAUAUAAAGCUUUUCCAGCUGCAAAUGAACGAGAUGAAGUGUUUGAAAAAGAGCCUUUGUAUGGUGGGAUGUUAAUAGAGGAUUAUAUUUAUGAGUCGUUAGUAGAGGACACAUACAAUGGUUCAAUAGAUGGCAGUUUGCUAACAAGGGAAGAAGAAGAGAAUGGAUUUAUGCAGCAGAAAGGGAGAGAGCACAAAAUAAGACUUCCAGAACAGAUUUAUGAAGACUCUAUGCAAAAAAUUACAGAACUCCAGAAAGAGUUUUAUGAGUUAGAAAGCUUACAUUCUGUUAUGCCUCAAGAAGAUAUUGUUUCAAGCUGUUAUAUCAUCCCAGAGAGCCAUGAGAUAGUGGAUCUUGGCAGUAUGGUAACUUCUACCAGUGAAGAAAAAAAAUUAUUAGAUGCUGAUGCUGCCUAUGAAGAACUCAUGAAGAGGCAACAGAUGCAGCUAACACCUGGAUCCAGUCCAACCCAGCCCCCCAUCAGGGAUGAUGUGACAGAGCCCACCAUGGACCUUGAUAGGGUGGCUGAUGCGUCUUUGACAUCAAGUAUUCUCUCAAGUGCAUCUCUUACAGAUUCAACCAGCAGUGCAACCCUCUCUAUUCCAGAUGUUAAAAUAACCCAACAUUUUUCGGCAGAAGAAAUUGAGGAUGAAUAUGUAACUGAUUAUACAAGAGAACUUCAAGAAAUAAUAGCCCAUGAAUCACUGAUUUUGACCUACUCUGAGCCCUCAGAAAGUGCUACAUCUGUCCCACCAUCUGACACACCUUCUCUCACAUCAUCUGUUUCUUCAGUUUGUACCACAGAUAGCUCCUCGCCUAUUACUACCCUCGAUAGCAUAACCACAGUUUAUACAGAGCCAGUGGAAGUAGUAACUAAAUUUGAAGGUUCUGAGGAAAUGUCUUCACCAACUUAUUUCCCAGGCAGCAUUAUUGACUAUCCAGAAGAAAUAAGUAUAUCAUUAGACAGGGCUACCACACCAGAUGGUAGGACUAGUGCUGAUCAUAUUACAAUUUCCUUAUCUGAUAUGGCUUCUUCUAUCAUAGAAUCUGUAGGAGCUAAACUUGAGGGACCUGUUGCUGACACUAUUUCCACUGACUUAUCUGUAUCUGAAAAGGAUCCAGUGAAGAAAACCAAGAAAGAAACUGGGAAUGGAGUUAUUCUGGAAGUUUUAGAAGCUUACAGAGAUAAAAAGAAGGAAUCUGAAGCUGAAUUAACAAAAAUUACCAUAUCUGAAACUGCGUUUGAUCAACCACCUUCUUCCGUAAAAGCUAUUCCAAUGAAGGAGCAGGUUUCAACCACAUGCUUUGUAUCUGGAGAGGUCUUUGGCCAAGUAAAACCUGUGUCUCAGUUACCAUCUGGCAGUCCUGUUUUCUCUCUUCCAACUAAAACUCGCCCAUUCUUCCGUAGUUCUUCUUUGGACACAUCAGCCCAACCUCCUCCCCCUCCUCCUCCUCCUCCUCCUCCCCCACCACUGCCUCCACCGACUUCACCUAAACCAACAAUUUAUCCUAAAAGAAAGAUACCAGUUACAGUUUCACUGACUCCAGCUGCUACUGCUAUCCCUCUGGUUGAUGCUGUUGUUGCUGUAGAGACCCCAGCUAUUCUGAAGAGUAAUGGGUUACCUGUAACAAAGAUAUGUGCCCCUUCACCUCCUCCUGUUCCUCCUAAGCCAUCUUCGAUUCCAUCUGGGCUUGUAUUUACACACAGGCCUGAGCCAAGCAAACCUCCAAUUGCCCCCAAACCAGUGGUUCCUCAGCUUCCAAUAACUACACAAAAACCAACAGAUACACCUCCCAAACCAAGCGCUUUAUCUUUAACUUCAAGUAUGACAUUGAAUUUAGUUACUUCAGCAGAUUAUAAAUUGCCGUCCCCUACCUCCCCACUUUCCCCACACUCUAACAAGUCUUCACCAAGAUUUUCCAAAUCCCUCAUGGAAACUUAUGUGGUUAUCACCUUGCCAUCUGAACCUGGAACUCCAACAGAUUCUUCAACUGGUCAAGCAAUUACUAGUUGGCCCCUAGGAUCACCCCCCAAAGAUCUGGUUUCCAUUGAACCAGUAUUUUCUGUAGUUCCUCCUGUGACAGCUGCAGCAAUUCCAAGUACUUUAGAGGAGAGCCUGUACAUCUCAGGAGCUUUGGAGACAUUUUCUGCUGUACCUGUCACAACAGUGUCUUCAUUUCAACCAGCCCCAACUUCAGUUGCAAAAUUUCUCACAACUGAAGUUCCCAAAGUUGAGGUUUCAGCAGCUAAAAGUACAGUGCCUAGUGUUGGUCCCAGCAGUGUCUCUAUAACAGUUCCUCCAGAACAUCUUGCUCUAGAUACCCUACAUUUAGAGAAGCAUCAGUAUAAGGAGAAUGGAAAAUUGCAACUUGUUGGUGAUAUCAUUGAUCUGCGUACAGUACCAAAAGCAGAAGUUAAAGUAACUGAAAAAUGUAUAGAUCUUUCUGCUUCUACAAUGGAUGUUAAAAGGCAAACCACAAUAAGUGAUGUUUAUGGGAGACAAAUUAGUGCUGUGCAACCAUCUAUUAUAAAUCUUAGUGCAAUCUCAUCAGUAGUGACUCCAGUAUCCCUGGCCACUGAAGCAGCGACAGUUGUCACAUGCACUGCUAGUGCAAGUUACACCACAGGCACAGAAAGUUUUAUGGGUGUAGAACCGACAAUGACAACACCACUCCAACUAACUACAUCAAAGUAUGCUGAGCCCUCAUACAGGAUAACAAGUGGUCAAGCCUUUCCUACACUUAGGGAGGAAGCACCAAUAAACUUAUCCCUAAGUACUCCAGCACAUGCAGUGACUCUGGCUAUUACAAAACCUGUCACUGUACCUCCUGUUGGUGUUACAAAUGGAUGGACUGAGAGCACCACAUCCCAGGGGAUCACUGAUGGGGAAGCAGUGGAUCUCAGUACCACAAAGUCUCAUAGAACUGUUGUAACAGUGGAUGAAUCUGCUUCAAAUGCAGUGACCAAAAUAAUAGAAGAUGAUGAAAAACCUGUUGAUCUGACUGCAGGAAGAAGAGCUGUGUGCUGUGAUAUGGUUUAUAAGUUACCUUUUGGAAGGAGCUGCACAGCACAGCAACCUGCAACUACUCUUCCUGAGGAUCGUUUUGGUUAUAGGGAUGACCACUAUCAAUAUGAUCGGUCAGGGCCUUAUGGUUAUAGAGGUAUUGGGGGAAUGAAAUCUUCCAUGUCUGACACUAAUUUGGCAGAAGCUGGACAUUUUUUCUAUAAAAGUAAGAAUGCUUUUGAUUAUUCUGGAGGAACUGAUGCAGCAGUAGAUCUAACUUCAGGGAGAGUUACUACAGGUGAGGUAAUGGAUUAUUCAAGCAAGACUACAGGUCCAUAUCCAGAAACACGACAAGUCAUUUCAGGCAUUGGGUUUAGCACCCCACAGUAUUCCACAGCAAGAAUGACUCCACCUCCUGGAUCCCAGUAUGGUGUUGGGAGUGUUUUGAAGUCAUCUAAUGGCGUUGUCUAUUCUUCAGUAGCAACUCCAGUACCUUCUACAUUUGCUAUCACCACACAACCUGGCUCCAUUUUUAGCACCACUGUGCGGGAUUUGUCUGGUAUACACAUAGCUGAUGGAGUGACUUCAUUAUCUGCCCUGCACCAGAGGCAGCCGAUGCCUAGAUCAUAUUUCCUAACAACAGGUGCAUCUGAAACGGACAUUGCAGUAACUGCUAUUGAUAUCAAUGCCAGUUUGCAAACCAUUACUAUGGAAACUUUUACAGCUGAGACAAUAGACUCUGUUCCCACUUUAACCACAGCAUCUGAAGUGUUUUCUGAAGUGGUGGAAGAUGAAAGUGCUGUUUUAAUUGUCCCUGAAGAAGAUAAACAACAGCAGUUAGACUUGGAGCGUGAACUCUUGGAACUGGAGAAAAUCAAGCAGCAGCGCUUUGCUGAGGAAUUGGAGUGGGAACGCCAGGAAAUUCAAAGGUUCCGAGAACAAGAAAAGAUCAUGGUUCAAAAAAAGCUGGAGGAGCUGCAGUCAAUGAAGCAGCACCUUCUCUAUCAGCAAGAAGAAGAGCGGCAAGCCCAGUUUAUGAUGAGGCAGGAGACAUUGGCUCAGCAGCAGUUACAGCUUGAACAGAUCCAACAGCUACAGCAACAGCUUCACCAACAGCUAGAGGAGCAAAAGAUUCGCCAGAUCUAUCAGUAUAACUAUGACCCUUCUGGAACUGCCUCUCCACAAACCACUACAGAGCAGGCGAUUUUGGAAGGUCAGUAUGUUGCGCCAGAAGGUACUCAGUUUUGGGGGACUGAAGAGGCAACCACUACAGCUUCAGCUGUUGUGGCAAUUGAAAUACCACAAAGCCAAGGAUGGUACACAGUUCAGUCUGAUGGUGUUACUCAGUACAUUGCCCCACCUGGCAUCCUGACUACUGUUUCAGAAAUACCUCUAACGGAUGUUGUUGUGAAAGAUGAAAAACAACCCAAAAAGCGAAGUUCUGGAGCUAAAGUCCGUGGACAGUAUGAUGAAAUAGGAGAAAAUAUGGGAGACGAUCCCCGAAGUUUUAAAAAGAUAGUGGACAGUGGUGUACAAACUGAUGAUGAAGAUGCAGCAGAUAGGAGUUAUGCAAGUAGGAGAAGGAGAACUAAAAAAAGUGUUGAUACGAGUGUCCAAACUGAUGAUGAAGAUCAGGAUGAAUGGGAUAUGCCUAGUAGGUCAAGGAGGAAAUCUCGUGUAGGGAAAUAUGGUGACAGCACUACAGAGGUAGACAAGACCAAACCCCAUUCCAAAGUCUCCAGCAUAGCAGUUCAAACAGUAGCAGAGAUAUCUGUGCAAACUGAACCAGUCGGAACCAUAAGAACACCUUCAAUAAGGGCACGAGUGGAUGCCAAGGUUGAAAUAAUUAAACAUAUUUCAGCACCUGAAAAGACUUACAAAGGGGGCAGCUUAGGAUGUCAAACAGAAGCAGAUUCAGACAUACAAAGUCCUCAAUAUCUGAGUGCUACAUCUCCACCCAAAGACAAGAAACGCCCAACACCUUUAGAGAUUGGUUAUUCAUCCCACCUUCGGGCAGAUUCUACCCUACAACUGGCUCCUUCCCCACCCAAAUCUCCCAAAGUCCUUUAUUCACCCAUCUCACCACUUUCGCCAGGCAAAGCCUUAGAAUCAGCCUUUAUACCUUAUGAAAAAACCCUCUCCGAUGAUAUAAGUGCACAGAAAGUACUGCAUCCAGAUAUGGCUGAAGUUCCCCCAGCAAGUCCUAAGGCAGCCAAGAUGAUGCAACGUUCUAUGUCUGACCCCAAGCCUCUGAGUCCAACAGCAGAUGAGAAUUCCAGGACUCCUUUUCAGUAUACUGAGGGCUACACGACGAAAGGUUCCCAAACCAUGACAUCCUCUGGUACCCAAAAAAAAGUUAAGAGAACUCUGCCAAAUCCACCUCCUGAGGAGACUUCCACGGGAGCUCAGUCUACAUACAGCGCAAUGGGAACUGCCUCUAGAAGAAGGAUCUGUAGAACCAACACAAUGGCACGAGCCAAGAUUCUCCAGGAUAUAGACAGGGAGCUUGAUCUAGUGGAGAGGGAAUCGGCAAAGCUUAGAAAGAAACAAGCGGAACUCGAUGAGGAAGAAAAGGAGAUUGAUGCCAAACUACGGUACUUGGAAAUGGGCAUUAAUAGGAGGAAAGAGGCAUUACUAAAGGAGAGAGAAAAGAGAGAGCGAGCCUACCUCCAGGGAGUAGCUGAGGAUCGUGAUUACAUGUCUGACAGUGAAGUGAGCAGCGCCAGGCCAACCCGAAUAGAAAGUCAGCAUGGCUUAGAACGACCUAGAACUGCUCCUCAAACUGAAUUCAGCCAGUUUAUACCACCACAAACCGAACCAGAAUCUCAACUAGUUCCUCCUACAAGUCCUUAUACACAAUACCAGUACUCUUCCCCAGCUCUUCCUACCCAAGCACCGACUCCAUACACUCAACAAUCCCAUUUUCAACAACAAACUUUGUACCAUCAGCAAGUUUCACCUUAUCAGACUCAGCCAGCCUUUCAAGCUGUUGCAACAAUGUCCUUCACACCUCAAGCUCAACCUACACCAACCCCACAACCUUCUUAUCAGUUACCAUCACAGAUGAUGGUGAUACAACAAAAGCCACGGCAAACCACAUUAUAUUUGGAGCCCAAGAUAACUUCAAACUAUGAGGUGAUUCGUAACCAACCCCUGAUGAUAGCACCUGUUUCUACUGAUAAAACAUAUGCUGUUUCCCACCUUAGCAGUAAGUACAAUAGUUUAGACUUGAGAAUAGGUUUGGAAGAAAGAAGUAGCAUGGCAAGCAGUCCAAUAUCAAGCAUAUCUGCUGAUUCUUUCUAUGCAGAUAUUGACCAUCACACUCCACGAAAUUAUGUCCUAAUUGAUGACAUUGGAGAGAUAACCAAAGGAACAGCAGCGUUAAGCACUGCAUUUAGCCUUCAUGAAAAGGAUCUGUCAAAAACAGACCAUCUCCUAAGAACCACUGAAACACGUAGGUCACAAGAAGUAACAGAUUUCCUAGCACCAUUACAGACUUCCUCCAGAUUGCACAGUUAUGUGAAAGCAGAGGAAGACGCAAUGGAGGAUCCUUAUGAGUUAAAACUUCUGAAACAUCAGAUUAAACAAGAAUUCCGUAGAGGAGCAGAGAGCUUAGAUCACCUUGCUGGCCUUUCCCAUUAUUACCAUGCUGAUACUAGCUAUAGACACUUUCCAAAAUCUGAAAAAUACAGCAUCAGUAGACUCACACUUGAAAAACAAGCAGCAAAACAACUACCAGCAGCCAUACUUUAUCAAAAGCAGUCAAAACAUAAGAAAUCAUUAAUUGACCCUAAAAUGUCAAAAUUUUCACCUAUUCAAGAAAGUAGAGACCUUGAACCUGAUUAUUCAAGCUAUAUGACUUCUAGCACUUCAUCUAUUGGUGGCAUUUCUUCCAGGGCAAGGCUUCUUCAAGAUGAUAUUACUUUUGGUCUCAGAAAAAAUAUUACAGACCAACAAAAAUUUAUGGGAUCAUCCCUUGGGUCAGGACUGAGCACAUUAGGAAGUACCAUACGGUCAGCUCUGCAGGAUGAAGCAGAUAAGCCAUACAGUAGUGGCAGCAGGUCCAGACCUUCCUCCAGACCUUCCUCUGUCUAUGGGCUUGAUUUAUCACUUAAAAGAGAUUCUUCCAGCUCUUCCUUAAGACUAAAAGCUCAAGAGGCGGAAGCUCUAGAUGUUUCCUUUAGUCAUGCAUCAUCCUCUGGCAGAACUAAGCCUACUAGUUUGCCAAUUAGCCAGAGUAGAGGAAGAAUACCAAUUGUGGCCCAGAACUCAGAAGAAGAAAGUCCACUGAGUCCUGUUGGCCAACCAAUGGGAAUGGCCAGGGCUGCAGCGGGACCUCUACCACCAAUAUCUGCAGACACCAGGGAUCAGUUUGGAUCAAGUCACUCAUUGCCUGAAGUUCAGCAACAUAUGAGAGAAGAAUCACGGACUAGAGGCUAUGACCGUGACAUAGCGUUCAUCAUGGAUGACUUCCAGCAUGCCAUGUCAGAUAGUGAAGCUUAUCAUCUACGCCGUGAAGAAACAGAUUGGUUUGACAAACCCAGGGAGUCUCGUUUGGAAAAUGGACAUGGUCUGGACAGAAAAUUGCCAGAAAGAUUGGUCCACUCUAGACCACUCAGUCAACAUCAAGAGCAAAUUCUACAGAUGAAUGGGAAGACUGUACAUUACAUCUUUCCCCACGCAAGGAUAAAAAUAACAAGAGACUCUAAGGAUCACACGGUUUCAGGAAAUGGAUUAGGAAUUAGAAUUGUAGGUGGUAAGGAAAUUCCUGGACAUAGCGGAGAAAUUGGAGCCUAUAUUGCCAAGAUUCUUCCUGGGGGGAUUGCAGAACAGACAGGGAAGCUUGUGGAAGGGAUGCAGGUAUUGGAAUGGAAUGGAAUUCCUUUAACAUCUAAAACAUAUGAAGAAGUGCAAAGUAUAAUUAAUCAGCAAAAUGGGGAAGCAGAAAUAUGUGUAAGACUGGACCUCAAUAUGCUAUCAGAUUCUGAUAACUCCCAGCAUCUGGAACUUCAUGAACCACCAAAAGCUGUGGAUAAAGCAAAAUCCCCAGGGGUUGAUCCUAAGCAGUUGGCAGCGGAACUCCAGAAGGUUUCGAUGCAGCAGUCACCACUUGUUCUGUCAUCAGUUGUUGAAAAAGGAUCACAUGGCCACUCAGGUCCUACGUCAGCAGGAUCCAGUUCUGUUCCCAGCCCUGGACAACCAGGGUCACCCUCCGUGAGCAAAAAGAAACACAGCAUCAGCAAGCCUACUGAUGCAACAAAGGUUGUCUCUCAUCCAAUUACGGGGGAAAUUCAGCUUCAAAUCAACUAUGAUCUUGGAAAUCUUAUAAUACAUAUCCUCCAAGCAAGAAACCUUGUCCCUCGAGACAAUAAUGGUUAUUCUGACCCUUUUGUUAAAGUGUACCUUCUUCCUGGGCGAGGUCAAGUCAUGGUUGUCCAGAAUGCAAGUGCUGAGUACAAGAGAAGGACUAAAUAUGUUCAGAAAAGUCUUAAUCCUGAGUGGAAUCAAACAGUAAUUUAUAAAAGUAUCUCCAUGGAACAGCUCAAGAAGAAAACACUGGAGGUGACAGUCUGGGAUUAUGAUAGAUUUUCUUCCAAUGACUUUCUUGGUGAGGUAUUGAUUGAUUUAUCUAGCACAUCUCACCUCGAUAACACUCCUAGGUGGUAUCCUCUCAAAGAACAGACUGAAAGCAUUGAUCAUGGCAAGUCCCAUUCAAGUCAGAGCAGCCAGCAAUCCCCAAAGCCUUCCGUCAUCAAAAGCAGAAGCCAUGGUAUCUUCCCUGACCCAUCCAAGGACAUGCAGGUUCCCACCAUUGAGAAAUCCCAUAGUAGCCCUGGUAGCUCGAAAUCGUCAUCUGAAGGCCAUCUCCGCUCUCAUGGACCAUCUCGCAGUCAAAGCAAAACCAGCGUCACUCAGACGCACCUGGAAGACGCAGGGGCCGCCAUAGCCGCGGCUGAAGCCGCGGUGCAACAACUCCGCCUUCAACCAACAAAGCCUACCAAUCACCGGCCAGCAGAAAGCUCCGUGUCCACCGGCUCCUCGGGCAGCAGCUUUGGCAGUGGAUAUAGCGUGGAUAGUGAAGGAAGCAGCAGCACUGCGGGGGAGACUAAUCUAUUUCCUAUUCCAAGGAUAGGAAAGAUGGGUCAGAAUGGGCAAGAGCCUGUGAAACAGCCAGGAGUAGGAGCAGGACUAACAGAUACUGAAGUUAAAACUCAAGUAAUGGGUGAAAUAAAGAUUGCAUUGAAGAAGGAGAUGAAGACAGACGGUGAACAGCUAAUAGUUGAAAUCCUCCAAUGCAGAAACAUCACUUACAAAUUUAAAUCUCCCGAUCACUUACCAGAUUUGUAUGUGAAAAUAUAUGUGUUAAACAUCUCUACCCAAAAAAAAGUGAUCAAGAAAAAAACACGAGUAUGUAGACAUGAUCGAGAACCUUCAUUCAAUGAAACUUUUAGAUUCAGCCUAAGUCCUGCUGGACAUUCUCUUCAGAUUUUACUUUUCUCCAAUGGAGGAAAGUUUAUGAAGAAAACUUUGAUUGGCGAAGCCUGUAUCUGGCUUGACAAAGUGGAUCUAAGAAAAAGAAUAGUCAACUGGCACAAACUUUUGGUCAGUCCAACUCAAACCCAUUGAAGAAAUGUUAUCUGUCUGCUCAGGGCAUAGAAACUGCUCUAAAUAGCUUCAAAUC